AGGAGCCGGAACAGGAAAAGAGCGACGGAGUUCGACCAGCGGCCCGCAGAGCCCACCGCACCUCCGGCCCCCGCAGCAUUGCCGGUGACCAGGGAGAGGGAGCUCACCCCAAAUCUGUCCGGGGGUCCCCGAGAGGAAUUCCCAGUGCCAGACUUUGGCUGGAUGGAGGAAGAGAAGGCUGUGAGGAAGAGGAAGUUGUCACGGGACCCCCAGGGAGACAAGGAGCCCAGGGAGGACAAAUCCCCUCAGCAGAACCUCGUGGAAGAGGCUGUUUUGAGAGGCCCCAUGGCACAGGAAUGCAACGGGGAGGAAAAGGCGCGGAGAUCCCACCCGAGGAGGGGCUCCAAACCCAUGCCAGGGUGCUCCGAGGAGGAAGGACCCACCCUGUGCCAGGAAGGCAGCCAGAGAUGUGGCCAGAGCUCUGAGCUGGUGGUGCAUGAACAGCUUCACAAUGGCAAGAAGCUGCACCAGUGCUCGGAAUGUGGGAAGAGUUUCUGUGCAAAGUCCAGGCUGCUCCGGCACCAGAAGAUCCACACUGGGGAACGGCACUAUGAGUGUGGGAAAUGUGGGAAGCACUUCAGAGACACCUCUCGCCUGAUGAUCCACCUGAGAGUCCACACUGGGGAACGGCCCUAUGAGUGUGGGGAGUGUGGGAAGAGCUUCACUACGAGCUGCAAAUUGAUUGUCCACCAGAGGAUCCACACUGGGGAACGGCCCUAUGAGUGUGGGGAAUGUGGGAAGAGCUUCACUCAGAGCUCCAACCUGAUUGUCCACAAGAGGAUCCACACUGGGGAACGGCCCUAUGAGUGUGGGGAAUGUGGGAAGAGCUUCACUCAGAGCUCCCACCUGAUAGUCCACAAGAGGAUCCACACUGGUCAACAGCCCUAUAAAUGUGCAGAAUGUGGAAAAGGCUUCACAAAGAGCUCCCACCUCAAAAGUCACCAGAUGCUCCACACUGGGGUAUGACCCUGUGUGUAUGAGGAGUGUGGGAAGAGCUUCCGUGACAGCUCUGGCCUGAUCAUGCAGCAGACAGUGCACACUGGGGAAUGCCCCUACACGUGCUCAGAAUGUGGGAAGAGCUUCAUCCAGCACUCCAAGCUGUUUGUCCACCGGCAGAUGCACAGUGGAGAGAGGUCCUAACAAUGUCCUGAGUGUGGGAAGAGCUUGUCCCAGAGCUGUGCCAUGACCCAAGAGCAAUGGAGGCAGCAGGAAGGGAAGCCCUACAAGUGCCCCGCGUGCGGGAAGAGCUUUGUGCGCUGCUCCAACUCCAUCCCCCGUUGGAGGAGCCCAUUGGAUGAUCCCCAGUGAGCCCCAUUGGGCAGAGCCUUGGAGAUCCACAGUCCUGGUGAUCCAUGGUGGGAAGACAGCUGGCUGGUGGUCUUCACAUCUUCCUGGCCCCCUGUGGGCACCUGGAUAAAAAAGGAGCUCAAGGGGAUGUGGCCAUGGAUGGUGACAUGGACAUGGCUGGAGACAUGGGGGUGACAUGGACACGGUUGGGGACAUGGAGGGCCAAGAUUGGGGGCAUGGUGGGGAUACUGGGCAUGGGUGGGGACAUCAGGGCACACGGACAUGGGUGGGGACAUGGGGUGAACUUCCAGGGAAUGUGGGGGAUGAUGGGUUUAAGUGAACUCAGGGCUCUUGGGAGGGGCAUGGGGUGCUGUGUCAUGGACACUGAAAUUCCAGAUCAUCCCAGCGUGUGCCGUGGAUCCCAGAGGGGAAUUCCCAAGGCUCCCAGGGUGCCAGUUCUGCCCUGCUGCCCAGGGGAGCUGUGCCCAAGGGGCAGGUGACAAGGUCCUGAAGCUGUGUAGGCUGACAAAGCAGACAGCAAAGGUUGGUUUGCUGGACAUUUUCCAGCCCAUUGCCAGCUCCAAGCAGAGGGAAGAAGAAAAGGAAAGUGAGUCCCUGACAGAAUCCCAGAACCAUUGCAGUGGGAAGGGCCCCUGGCCGUGGGCUGCAGUGCCAGGAGGGAGAGACGCCUCUACCCCAGUGAGGUGCACAUGAGACCACAGCAGCACAGCCUAUGGAUUUUAUUGAACAUGUGUUUAAUUGAAUGUUAUAAACAGUCAUGUAGUAGUUGGAUUUUCUAUAAUUUAUUUCCUUUAAUUAUAAAUUAGUAUUUUGCUGUGAAUAAAUAUGGUAAGUUCCACACUGCUUUGAAGUAGGAUAAUAUUUGUUAAUUCUUGUGAGCUGUUUUAAAGGGGAAGCAAGGCUUUCACAAGAUGUAAGUGCGCUUGCAAAGGGUGUAUUUUAAGAUAUAAUUAUUAUUGCAGUAUGUAUGUCCAAGAUAGUAUAAAUGGAGAGCAGAAGAGCAUAAAAGGAGAAAUAGUAAACCCCUUAAAGUGGCAUCAGAGGACCACCCUAGACCUCCCACGUGUUCAACUCUUGAAGUGUGCGAAGUUGCAGAAAAUCUGAAUUAAGAUUGUGGUCAACCAGCUCAAACUAAAUCUGCUCAGUCACUUGAGGAAAUAAUACAUCUGCAACGGUAUAAAAGACUGCAGACUGAAGCAGUGGGUGUGUACUGG